AUGGAUGCGCUUCAAGAUACACCAUCACUUUGGACGGAACUGGACGCGUUGCUCACGAAGGACGACCCUAUUCUCUCCCGUCUUCAUCGGGUCACGCUGAAGCAUUGGUACCCUGACAGUGAAUCCCGGGAAGAACAGGCCGGACAGCUCGCACUGCUAUCACCCAGUGUACGCUGGGCCGAGAUUCAAGAACCUCGCGGAAUCUCAAGCGUUCCCGGGACGGGCUUGCUCUCGGACCUGGGAAUCGUCCACGGGCAUCAGGUCACCAUCGACGAAGCGAGAGUCCUCAAGCGCGGGACUGGCAAAUAUUCCCAUGUUGUCCUCAUCCCUCAACCUUCGGACGAUCCUCGUGAUCCGCUCAAUUGGCCCAUGUGGAAGAAAGAAGCAUGUUUUUGGACCCUUGUAUUUGCGACUAGCCUCGACGGCGCGUUAUCGCCCAUGGUCGGCCCCGGAUAUGUCCUACUCGCACAGCAGUUCAAUGUCUCCGUCGACAGCAUCACUUCCUCUUUCGGUUUCAUCCUCCUCGGACUCGGGACGUUCAUGCUAGUACAGAAUGCAAUGGCCGUCAAGUUUGGUCACCGAAUUGUCUAUCUUGCGUCGGUAUUCCUGAUGCUUGUCUCAUGCAUCUGGUGCGCCGCAAGCCCAAAUCUUGCUUCCAUCCGUGCAUCUCGCCUCUUCCAGGGCUUUGGUAUGUCGGCCUUGCAAAGUCUAAUGGCGUCCACCAUGGAACAGCUCUACUGCGUACAUGAGCGUGGGUCUCGUUCUGUGAUUUGGAGCUUUGCGAUUAUGGCCGGCAUCACUCUGGGACCGCUCAUCUGUAGUUUCGUCAUCCAAAACCUCUCGUGGGAGUUCGGGUUUUGGUUCGUCAGUAUCCCCCUCGGACUGAAUACCAUCAUGGUCUUCUUCUUCGUGCCCGAAACGACUUUCGACCGCGAGACUGCGCUACGCCAGUCCAAGAAACCGGAAACUGAAAAGAUUAGCCUAGAGAAGCCUUCCCCAGACGCGGACGCGGACAGCGCCGAGGCAGAACAACUUUCUCCCUAUCCAUCGCCGCCAAGUUACGUGUCGACCCUAAAGAUUUGGAAUGGAACUUUCACCAACGAGAGCCUGAUUACGAUCUUUCUGCGCCCGUUUCCGUUCUUGCUGUCCCCAGUGACGUGGUUCGUGUUCCUGACGCAAGGAUUGCAAACCGUGUGGCUAAGUAACUUCUAUCCCCUGAGCGACCCCGCUAUCUGCCUAACGCAUGCCGCAGGCCUCGUCCCUCUCUGCUCCUCCACAAUUUUCACGAUCGAGUACGGGUUCAAUGCCUCCCAAAUUGGCCUGACGAACCUCGGGGGGUUGGUGGGGAUUGUGCUGGCGAUGCUCGUCACCGGUCCUCUCAACGACUGGGGCAUCAUCUGGAUCUCCCGGCGCAACCGGGGCGUGUACGAGCCCGAGUUCCGGCUCUUCUUCCUGCUCACCAUGCUCUUCGGCGUCUUCGGCUAUGUCGGCUGGGGCGUCGGCAGCGAGCACAACAUGCCCUGGAUCGGGGCCGUCGCCUGCAUCACGAUGCUCAACUUCAGCAUGGUCGUCUCCGGGUCCGCCUCGGUGACGUACCUGCUCGACACGCACCGCGCGAACGCGCUCCACGUCUUCGCGCUGAGCAACUUCGGGAAGAACAUGAUCCUCUACGGCUCCACCUUCUUCGCGAACGGCGUCGUCCAGGCGCGCGGGCCCAAGUUCGCCCUCCUCGUCCUCGGCGCCGCCCAGGCCGCCUGCUGGGCCGCGAGCGUGCCGAUGUACGUCUACGGAAAACGUGUGCGCGCGUUCAUCGCGCGCCACCCGGCGCUCUUCCGAGGCGACAUCCCGGCCUCCGCGUUUCCCGCGCCGGUGCGCACGGACGAGGCGGGCUGA